GUUGGGAUCUUUCUCUUCCUUUUUCUUUUAAUUUUAUUAAUUUUAGUUCCCUGUAUUCACGCGUAGCUCUUAUGCCCAAAACCUGAUCAUGGUAUCCUGAAAACUUGAAUGCCACGUUUCUUAUUACACGUAUUACACGUACAUGUAAUUUCCGCGUUUCGCUGUGAUAUUCGCUUAUCACCAGCUCUCCUCGGUUAACUUCCUGUUUUGACCAGAAGACUAGAACUGUCCCUGAACGAACUGAUCGUCAUGACUUUUAAGUUUGGUAUCCGUACAUCUCUCGCCUUUCAAGGUCUCCAGAGAUAUAAACAGCCUUUAAAGUUCGGUCAUCAGAGUUCAAUUCGCUUACAGCAAACGCAAGCCGUGGAAAAUGCGGAGGUGAAACCAUACAACGAAAUCCCAGGUCCGAAGGGAUUGCCUUUCGUUGGAACGCUAUUCGACUACGUCCGUGAUAAAGGUCACACAAAAAUACAUCAGAUUCAACAAGAUCGAGUUCAGCAGUAUGGGGAGAUUUAUCGAGAGAAAAUCGUGGAUUAUGACACGGUUACAAUCUCUAAUCCGGACGACAUAGAAUAUUUGUUUCGUAACGAAGGAAAAUAUCCACAACGGGAACCAAUGUUUCCACUUUGGACGAAGUACAAGGAAGACCAAAAGCAAGUUCACGGGGUGUCCAGCUUGCAAGGAGAAGAGUGGUACAAGGUGCGCCGCAUCUUGAACAUGAAAAUGUUGAAACCCGAAGUUGUUGGUGAAUAUUCACAGCAAUUGAAUGAGGUCACAACUGAUAUGUUAUCCCAGAUGAAGACAACUCGAGAUGAUAAUGGCAUAGUUCCCAAUAUUCAACAGGAGCUAUUCAAAUGGUCUUUAGAAUCGGUUGGUACAGUCCUGUUUGAAAAAAGAUUUGGGUCCUUUACUAAGUCACCCUCAGUGGAAGGAGCGAGAUUUAUUGCUGCUGUUGAAAAGUUGUCUCGUGAAAUCCUAAAGGUUUUCGUCACUCCUGUUUGGAUUGACAAGUUUUACCGGUUCAAGGCAGUUCAAGUGUUCUAUGAUUGUAUGGAUGUCAUGUACAACUUUGGCGACAUGUGUAUUGAAGAGAGGUUGAAUGAAAUUCGAGACAAGCUGGGAAAUGGAGACUUUAACGACGAAGAUGCCGCGGAUUUCUUAACAUUUCUGAUCAGCAGAGAUGACAUAAGCUCUAAAGAAAUUUCGGCAAAUUUGGUGGAAAUAUUGAUAGCAGCUGUGGAGACGACUUCAAACACGACUCUGUGGACGCUGUACUCGCUUGCAAGGAAUCCGGACGUGCAAAAACAGCUUUAUGAGGAGGUAAACUCGGUUCUGCAACCUGACGAACUUGCCACUGCUGCCACGUUACAGAAAAUGCCGUUUCUUAGGGGAUGCAUCAAGGAGACUCUAAGGAUGUUUCCUGUGGCCUGGGAAAACGCUCGCAUUCUUAAAGAAGACAUUGUCAUUCAAGGCUACCGGAUACCGCCAAAUACAAUGAUACGUACCCCAAUUUAUGUCAUGGNA